UAGGAAGUUGGCGUGACCUGUGCGCAACCUUGCACAUUACCCAAGUGUACCCCAUUGUUUUUUUUACCGUCACACAACCGACCUAAGACCAUGAGCAGUCUAAUCGGGGCAAGUGCUAGAUGUCUCCGGGCAAACGCGACGGCUCGUCUGCUGAAGCAGGCCAGCGGGAAUGUGUGGUUCGCCCCGGCCCGGCUGCUGUGCGCCGCGGCAGACUUACAGAAGGACCUCGGUGAGAUGGUGAAGAAGAACAAGGUGGUCGUGUUUAUAAAGGGGACACCCGCACAACCCAUGUGCGGCUUCAGCAACGCUGUGGUCCAGAUCCUCAGGAUGCACGGAGUAGAUGAAUACGCGGCAUACAACGUGUUGGAGGACCAGGAUCUGAGACAAGGAGUGAAAGACUUUUCCAACUGGCCCACAAUCCCCCAGGUUUACUUCAAUGGGGAGUUUGUGGGAGGCUGUGACAUUCUGCUCCAGAUGCACCAGAAUGGUGACCUGGUGGAGGAGCUAAAGAAGCUUGGCAUCCACUCUGCACUGCUGGACGCAGAGAAGGAGUCCAAGUAGGGGAAGGUGAUAAUCCUCAGGCAGCUGACGGGACAAGGCAAUGAGUUUCACAGGUUGAAUGCACCCAAGACUGCAGUCUGCACUGAAAACAUUGAUGCGCCCUUACAUUCUAAAAGACACAGCAGUAGUAGUGUAGAUCUGAAAGGAAGUGACUGGUAUAAGCUGUUAUAGUAAAAGCUCCACAUCCCAACUCUUGGGCAAUCAUUCUUUACUGCACUGCUUAGAUACCUGGUCCUUUCAGAUUUGCACAAAUUAAGUGCCUGGGAGAUGUGGGCUAUGAAAUGUGCAGUGUAUGAAGUUCUGGCUUUGUAUCUCUGCCUCACAACACAGUCCUGUUAUGGCAAGGUAUAUACAAACAAGCAAGACAAAAAAAAACAAGGAGUGGACAGUAUCGUCACUGGCAUCUAGGUUUAGGAUGUAUAGGACACAAACAUUGGUGUGUUUUAUCUGCCUAAAAUGUUUACAGCUCCACUUCAGGUCCUCUUACCAUUGGUCAGGUUGUUUAAAUUUUAAGAAAGGGUUUAGUCAAUGUGAGAAGUGCUGUUUGCCUUUUACUUCUUAUUACUUUAUCUGAAGGAGAUUUGUAAGGCUGGUGUCCGUCUUCAUACAUUGUGUUCAGAAAGCCCAAAUACUUGUGACGACACUGUCCGCUUUUUUCUCCCCUCUAAGCCACGACCAGCUUAAGACCAAAUCCCUGUCAGGUAACUCCAGGAAAUGAUUUCACCAGAAUCCCGCCAGAUGCACUGCCUGUACAGUUCCUCUUCUGAAAGGAAGACUGAGGAGAAAACAAUCAAACUGGGGCUAAAUGGCACAGGCAAUCUGGUUUCCACACAUUCUGCCAUAAUAAAAUAGAAAGAGUUGUGACUCGAAUUAAGCACCAAUAUAUCCAUAAAGGGUACUACGGACCACACCUCAUUGUUUUACACAUGCAAAUCAUACAUGUGGCUUCAAGGGUACUGAUCUCUUAAUUGUCAGCAAUUAACAGAUCAGCUUGACUCAACUAUUCAAUUAUUACGGAGAGAGCGUCUGAGAAUCAGGUACAGGCGAGAAAUCGCACAUUUGUAGCUAUUUAACCCCAUGUCUGACUGGCUGCAACAUUAGUGUCUUCCUAUUCAUUCUCCCCACAAAUAUCCAUUGUCUUGUCUAAUGUUGAAGAAUGUCCCGCAUAAAACAUACUCGUGAGUCAUUUAUAUGCCCAAACAAUUCACUUCCCCCUUGUCUUUUUUUCCCCUUAAAACUGCCUGACUUACAAUAUAUAUGGAUAGGAAGGAGCUGUAAAAUCCUGAGUUUCCUGUUCCUGCCCAGGUCUGUUGUUUUAAGGGAAAGGAGAGGAUGCUAUAUAUAUAUAUUGAGUGUGUAACUGAGCCUAAAAAUCACUCAUUAUCGAUCAUUGUAUUUACUUCUGCUGCUUAAACUUAUCUAAACAAUGCUCUUGUAGUACACUGUAAGAUAUUGUACAUUGAAAGGAUAUUAAAUGUAUUUUAGUUGCAUGUACACUGUUGAACAAUUAAAUAUUUUUUGUGACACAACUGGUGACUUGACUUUUCGUUCUCUUAACAUCUAACCUGAGGUGACGUACAUAUUUGUGUGCUUUGCAUUUGACAGUGUCAAAAUCCAAGCAAGGUGGUGCAAAUCAGAUUGCCUUGAAAAUCUUCUUGAUACUCUUUUUAGAUUGAUUUCUAUCCGUAAACUCAGUUUUGCUCGACUGUGGUUGAAGGAUGAUGAUGAUGAUGAAACUUAGUUUUCUUGGCCUCUAUCA